UGUAGUUCCCUGGAUAGAUGGCAGUGACAGGUUGACGUUUCCUCCCUGUGACGUCAAUUUCCGGCGCCCGAUUGGUAUUCGAGUGGAGUCGCGUUUAAUGCGAAGCCGCGGUGCUUGGGAGAGAUGGCGGGCAGUGCUGGAGAAUGGUGCCUGAUGGAAAGCGACCCCGGGGUGUUCACCGAGCUAAUUAAAGGCUUUGGAUGCAGAGGAAUUCAAGUAGAAGAAAUAUGGAGUCUGGAACAAGAGCACUUUGAAGACUUGCAACCUGUGCAAGGACUAAUCUUCCUCUUUAAGUGGCAGCCAGGAGAAGAACCAGCUGGCUCUGUUGUUCAAGACUCCAGGUUGGACACAAUGUUUUUUGCUAAACAGGUAAUAAAUAACGCAUGUGCUACACAAGCAAUCAUCAGUAUUUUGCUGAACACCACACAUGCUGAUGUACAUUUAGGAGAAACUCUGUCUGAAUUCAAAGAAUUCACCCAAAGCUUUGAUGCCGCUAUGAAAGGAUUGGCUCUAAGCAAUUCAGACGUGAUCCGUCUAGUACACAACAGUUUUGCCAGGCAACAAAUGUUUGAGUUUGAUGCGAAAUCCUCGACGAAGGAAGACGAUGCAUUUCACUUUGUCAGCUACGUUCCAGUGAACGGAAGGCUUUACGAACUGGACGGCUUAAAGGAUGGACCAAUUGAUUUAGGACCAUGUAAGGAUGAUGAUUGGAUCAGUGCAGCUAGACCUGUUAUAGAGAAACGAAUGCAGAAGUACUGUGAAGGUGAGAUACGGUUCAAUUUGAUGGCUAUUGUGUCGGACAGAAAGAAGAUCUAUGAGCAGAAGAUUGCAGAUUUACAGAGGCGGAUUGCAGAGGAGGAGCCUAUGGACACAGACCAGGGCAGCACUUUGCUGAGCUCCAUGCAGUCUGAAAUCGCAAAAUACCAGAUGCUUAUAGAAGAGGAGAACCAAAAGAUAAAGCGAUACAAGAUUGAAAAUAUCAGAAGAAAACAUAACUACCUUCCAUUCAUCAUGGAGUUGUUGAAGACUCUAGCAGAGCAUCAGCAGUUAAUACCAUUAGUAGAAAAGGCCAAAGAGAAGCACAACACAAGAAGGGCGCAGGAAGCCAAAUGACACCCCUUGCUACUUUGGAAAUAGAACAGAAAACAAAGCUUCUUCCUUUUUCAUGCCACAGAACGAGCGGAAACAAGCUCCUAAAUAUUGUACAGAGCACAGUUGUUUUGUAUGGAGAGUUCAGCACGGUUUUCACCUGCAUCCCAGUGCAUGUUUACAGUACAUUAGACCUCGAAAAUCCUACAUCUUUAAAAACGUGCCACAUAAUAUUAUGCGCCCCUUUAGUAAUAGGAUUGGAAAGAAAUAUAUCACACUCUCAGAUGUUAAUGAACACGGCUUAUGAUUGAACACACGCGACCUGCGGUGCAGUGUGAUUCUUGGCCACUAAAGGAAAGAAUUGGGGACAAAAAGAGGCUCUAAAAUGUGAGCAUGUGUGUAUAAAAAACAAAAUUGUAACUGUGUUCUGUUGUUCCAUGUUUUUUCCCUUUUUCUAUGUAAGUCCCUUUUGCAGACAUCAUGCUUGUACAUUGUAUAUUUUUGUCCUCGUCGCAGUUGUCCUUGAAUACCUGGAGCAUUUCUCAUAAAACUCUUGCGAAAACGUUUUCUUAAUCACCGUGUUUUUGCUCAGUCUGGUAAGGAAGUUCUGAAUUCAGGCUUACAACCUUAUCUGCAGUCUUAUGCUUACCAGUAGGAUUUAACCUGUCAUACACUGACAU